AUGGCAUCAUCUCCGGUCUUCGAGCCAUUCCUGCUGCCCAAUGGCUCCAAGCUAAAGAAUCGCAUCAUCAAGGCGGCCAUGGAGGAAAACAUGGCAGAUGUCGUCAAUGGAAACCAACCCUCGGAAUCACUGGUCAAACUCUAUAAAACAUGGGCAGAAGGCGGCUCCGCUCUGAUCCUUAGCGGCCACAUCAUGAUCGAUCCUCGCGCUCUUGGUAGUCCCGGCGACGUGGUUCUCGCAGAAGAUGGCCAUCCCCAAGAUCCAGAACGUUGGAAAUCCUGGGUCCAAGCUGCCAAAUCCAACGACGCGAAAUUCUGGCUCCAGAUCAACCAUCCAGGCAGACAAGUCCAAAAAGGUAGCGGAUUGCCAACGUAUGGUCCAUCGCCAAUAUCUCUCGAAAUGGGGUCGUUGAGCUCCAUGUUCGAAACACCUCUCGAAAUGAGCGAGGAGAAAAUUCAAGAUGUCAUCUCACGUUUCUGCUGGACGGCUAAAAAGGCCGAGGAGCUGGGCAUCGAUGGGGUCGAGAUACAUGCCGCGCAUGGCUAUCUGAUUUCCUCCUUCCUUUCGCCCAAGAGCAAUAAACGUACUGAUCGCUGGGGUGGCUCGCGCGAAAACCGUGCUCGGCUUUUGUUUGAAGUCAUCAAGGCCGUCCGCGGGGCUGUAUCGCCUUCGUUUGGUGUGGGGGUCAAGAUCAACAGCGCGGAUUACCAACGCGGAGGCUUCGACUCUGAUGACUUGAAGUGGACUGUGGAGCAGCUGAACGACAUGAAAUUGGAUUUCAUCGAAUUAUCUGGUGGAAAUUAUGAAUCGCCAGCAAUGUCAGGUGCGGGAGUAAAGGAUCACAAACAAUCCGAUCGAACGACUGCACGGGAGGCAUAUUUUCUCGRAGCCGCAGAGGAGCUCAAGACUAUUGCCAAAGUACCCUUGGUUGUAACAGGGGGAAUCACAAGAAAAGAGACUGCAGAUGCAGUUGUUGCCUCCUCUGAUAACGUUUUGGCUGGAAUGGGAACAGCACUCGGCAUGAUACCAGACCUUCCCAAUCGUUGGGCAGCCGGAGAGAAUCCGGUGUUCAAACGUUCGAAUUCCUGGCUGUUGCCAGCAGCUUUGCAAUCUAUCGGUGGUAUAGCCGGUGUGCAAUGGAAUCUCCAAAGCAUYGGCAAAGGAAAGGCAACCUGGCCUGAGGUCUGGCCUACUCUUGCCAUGGUCUGGACUCUCAUUAGUGGAAAGAGACACAUGAGUCAGUAUAAGAAAUGGGUGCGAAACCUGCCGACAAGUGUCGAGAAGGAAUAA